ACCACAUUACUCUGUUGGACGUUGUUUUCGCAAAUUGCCUCCUAUCCUGCACUAACAUAAUGAAGUUGUUCGUAUUCAUUGCGGUUCUGGUAGCGGCUGCCGUGAUAACUGACUGCAGUCACACGUUCCUGGGCACCAAUGUACUGCGUCAGCAGGUCUUUCACCGCAACGUCAAGUACAACUCCUAUACGUUCCAGAAGCGUGUUGAGUAUCUGAACUUCACCAUACCUGCUAAAUUUGGCUACUCAAGUUCCAUUCAGGGUAUCCUCGCCUAUGACAGGUUGGAUUCCUCUGCAUCUGCCAACGUGACAGCUGGUGGCCUGGGCUUCAACUCCCUGUCCUUGCGUAUGAAGAGUCAGCGCGGUCGUGGCCUCAGUUACGAUGUCUACAUUUACGUUUAAAAAUUUGGCCUCACCAGACUCCCUUGUAAAACCCCUUUAACAAGGUUUGGUUAGUUUUUCUUGGUGAGCCCAAAAUUUUAAUGUAUAUAAAGAUUGAAUGUGGCAAA